AUGUCUUCUUCAACCUCUUCCACACCGCAACCGGUUGUCAUCGAGGCCAUGGAGGAGUCCAAGGAGAUAGCAGCAGAGAGCAACAAUCUGAGACUAGGGUCUCCUCAGGAGGCUAUGUCCAGAAGUGAGAACCCUAGUUUCAGAUCCGAUCCUGUCCGAACAGGAAGUGAGAUCAUGAAGUUUUACCCAUCAAAAUCAAAUAAGAUCUACACUUGUCACUUUUGCAACAAACGGUUCUCAACCUCUCAAGCCCUAGGUGGCCACCAGAACGCACACAAACAGGAGCGAGACUGGGACAAGAAGCGUAAGGAGAUGGAAGCAAACUUUCCCGGACUCUCCUUUUUGAGCCCUUACCUAGACAAGCCUCAUUUGCUAUUAGGUGGGUAUUCACAAGAUGCUUUAUCAAAUGAUAAUCAUCUUGGGAUCACUCUUGAACCUGUACUCAAACGUACAAGAACCGGAUUGUACCCAUCGUUCAGUGGUGGUCUCACCAACGUGGCCAUAGUCCCUCGCAUGACUCCUACCCGCUUCUUCACUGGGACCACUUGUACCAAUGGUUCUUCAGUGGGACUUGCACCAAGACCCUCUUACAACAACAAUCGCCCGAUGAUCCCUAGAAACAUUCCUCCUUUUCCACCUCCUCCUCGAACCACCAAUCUCUCUAGCGUUUGCUAUUCUCAAAAGAAUGUAUUGAGCGAAGAGAAUCUCAUCUCAAAGGUAGGGAAUGACAAGAUCGUCGAGAUUGAUGAUGAUGAUGACCAGACAGAAGAAGGGAAAUCUAAAAGCUGGGGCAUUGAUUUAUCUCUAUCCCUUUGA